ACGAGGCACACCGAGACGGACCCACUUGCAGUGCAUAAAGAGCCACAAGCAAGAAGACUCCGAAGCCGGGAGUAAAAGUACCAACAAAGACGACAGGAGCUGUUAGACUGCAAAGAAUAAGAAAGACAAGGAGAAAGAGAAGAAGUCGAGAAGAAGCAGCCUUGCUUUUCCGAAAGCCGGAAAUAGAAGUCUAACAGGCAAAGAGUUGGUAGUUAAACUCUCUGGAGUUUGGUCAGAGUCGCUUGAUUUGCCGUUUAUUGCUUGUGGAAGUGGACUGCACUGAAACUUGGAAUCGGUCUGCAAAGAAAGAAAUCCCCUGAUCCCCUGACUUUGCCUUCAACUUCGCCUGCCAAGGAGAGUUUGAAGAAAGAAGGGAGAGGAGAAGAUUUCCUUGCGGUGAAACCUGUGGAUGGAGAGACUCUACUGAAGACACGCACCACAUUGUUAAAGAUCUGCUACAGACAGACAUGGCCCCUGUAUUCUAGCAAAGUUUUUAACCCUCCAUCCAAACUACCUUAGUGCACAAAACACAACAAGCAACAAAAAGAAACCCAGAAGAUAAAACACUGAAUAAGAAAAUCCCUCACCCAAGAGAAGAGAGAGCUAAAGAGGUCUAGAUCAGCCCAGUGCACCGAUCCAUCCAUCCUCUACAAGGGAGAAGAUGGAGUGGAAACCCUCCUUAUUCACUGGCCUCUCUCUGGCCUUGUGUGUGUUUCUCAACCUGACUCUCGCAACACCAUCUGGACCUGCCUCAGCCACCUGUGCUACACUUGAGCAAAGUCGCUUUUUUGGAGUCUUCUCAUCCAAAACGGCGCUUUCUUCAUCCCCGUGCUCGUGGACCCUGCAGAACCCUGACCCUCGUCGCUACACUGUCUACAUGAAAAUCACUAAGCCAACUGAAUCUUGCACCCCACGCCAGAUCAAGACCUUCCAAUUCGACUCAUUCCUUGAGACAUCCCGAACCUACCUGGGCAUGGAAAGCUUUGACGAAGUAGUGCGCCUGUGUGAUGCUACAUCUGCAGUGGCCUACCUAGAGUCUAGCAAGCAGUUCCUCCAGCUGAGGAAGGUGGUGCCCCGCAUUGGGUCAGAGCUCCUGGUGGAAGAAGAUGGAAGUGAUGACGAAGGCAGUCAGUUCGGCGCUGAGUUUCUGGUUGUGGGUAAGAGGAACCCUAGUGUGCCUGCCUGCGAAAUGCUCUGCAAGUGGCUUGAGGAUUGUCUGACAACCAGUUCCCAAGGCAACCCCUGCGGAAUCAUGGCCACACCUUGCCAGUGCUGGGAGCCACCAAAGAGGAGGUCAGGCGGCUGCUACAGGGGUGGAGUCUACAUGGAGAAAUGCACACCCACUAUUAGAGACAACAACAGGGAUGCCGAAAUCAUGAAGGGUUGGUCUGGUUGGGCCCGCUGGUCCGAGUGCAGCAACGAGUGUGGAGGUGGUGUCCAGGUGCGGAGCAGAGCAUGCCAACCUGAAGAUGGUAUCUGUGAAGGUGUGGUUGAGGAGGCUAAAGCUUGCAAUCCCCAGCCCUGCAUUGGUAAACUGCGACAGCGUAGCCAGGCUCUGCGUUCAAUCAUCGGUCUGAGAAGAGACAAUGGGGAAGAUAUAACAGUUCCUCAAUCAGAUGGAGUUCAAGAUCAGUGGUCCUCUUGGAGCUCCUGUUCUGUUACUUGCGGCGAGGGCUGGCAGGGCCGCACCCGCAACUGCAUGACAGCUGGAAACAGCGUGAUGUGUGUCGGCCCUUUGAGAGAGAACAGACAAUGUAACAACUCUGUGGUCUGCCCAGUGAAUGGAGCCUGGGAUGAAUGGGCACCAUGGAGCCUGUGCUCAUCUACAUGUGGUCGUGGUUACCGUGACCGUGUCCGCUCCUGCAAGCCACACAAUAACGGAGGAGAACCAUGCACUGGGCCCAGAAAACAGACCAAGUUCUGCAACAUUGCUGUCUGCCCCGUUGAUGGUUCCUGGAAUGAAUGGUCUGCCUGGACUCCCUGCUCUGCUUCCUGCUCCAAUGGAACAAUGCAGCGUACGCGAGAGUGCAACGGCCCAUCAUAUGGAGGCUCAGAGUGCCGUGGAGACUGGCGUGAAACCAGCAACUGCUUCCUCAAAGACUGCCCAGUGGACGGGAGAUGGCUCUCCUGGAGCUCUUGGGGCAGCUGCAGUAAGACAUGUGGAGGAGGCAACCAGCAGAGGCAGAGAGUAUGUGAGGGACCAUUCUUUGGUGGAGAACCUUGCAUCGGUGACAAAAUGGACGUUCGUCGCUGCAAUGAGAAGAGAUGCCCAGAACCCCAUGAGAUUUGUGGCGAGGAAAGCUACGGAAAUGCGGUGUGGAAGAGAACUCCAGCUGGUGACACCGUUGCAGUUCCAUGCCCUUCUGACGCAACAGGCUUCAUCCUCCGCCGAUGCACUUUGGAUGCUAUCGGUUUGGCCUUGUGGGGAAACCCUAGCUACAUCAAAUGCGUCUCUAGAGAAUACCAAGACAUCCAGGCCCUGACCCGUGGGCAGUUGUCUAAGUCACAGGCAGGAGUGCAGGUGGAUGGUGUGUCUGAAAUGCUGUCCAGGCUGAGGAUGACCUCAAAUGAUGCAACAAAGUACAGUGGGGACUUGCUGGCGGUCAUGGAAAUGCUCAGAAACACAUCACAGGUCAUCAGAAGAGCGGGUUACAGCGUUGUCGAUGUAGAGAAUUACGUGCAGACAAUCAGCAAUUUGCUGAAGGAGGAACACCAUGGAAAAUGGCAAGAAGCACAACUGAUGGGGGUGAACAUCAGGGAGCUGUUCAACUUGAUCGAAGACUUCAUCAACAUCAUCGGGAAGCAGAUGAGAGAUUUCCAAGAUAUUUAUGAGAUGACCGAGAACUUUGUGCUGAGCAUCCAGAAGCAUCCCAAAACUAUGACUUCGGAUGUGACCUUCCCCAUGAAGGGAUGGAGAGGCAUGAUGGAGUGGGUCCGCAAUUUGGACGAGAAAAUCGUAGUGUCUCGGAACUCCCUCAGUCUGGACGUUCCAGAUUUUGAAGACAGCACUGGCUUUAUAACUGGCAUUGUUCUGUACAGAAAUCUGGGUCCAAUCCUGUCCGUUCAGAGCAACAGCACCUUGCUAAACUCUAAGGUUGUCACGGUAAUGGUGAAGCCAAACCCUGGGUUCCUGUCCGCCCCGGUCGAGAUCGAGUUCCCUCACCUGCACAAUGACACCGUCAAUGAGACAUGCAUCGCCUGGGACGAGAGUGAAACUGAGUCGUUGCUGGGCUCGUGGUCGGCACGAGGCUGCAGAGCGCUCGCUCUUGAUUCAGGCAGGACCAGGUGCGCUUGUGACGCUCUCUCCACGUUCGCCAUCUUAGCACGGCCAAACCCCGAAUCGAACAUGGAUAAGAACCUUUUGCCAUCGGUUACGAUGAUCGUAGGAUGUGGCGUUUCAUCUCUGACGCUGCUUCUGCUUAUCAUCAUCUAUGUCUCCGUUUGGAAAUACAUACGCUCUGAACGCUCAGUCAUCCUCAUCAACUUCUGCCUGUCAAUCAUCUGCUCCAAUGCUCUCAUCCUGAUUAGUCAGACUCAGGCUCGCAACAAGGUCAUGUGCGCCCUUGUGGCAGCCUUCCUCCAUUUCUUUUUCCUCUCCUCUUUCUGCUGGGUUCUGACAGAGGCGUGGCAGUCGUACAUGGCCGUGACUGGCCGUCUGCGCAACCGAAUCAUCCGCAAGCGUUUCCUGUGCUUGGGCUGGGGACUGCCCGCACUUGUCGUGGCUGUCUCCGUAGGAUUCACAAAGGCCAAGGGAUACGGCACGGUCAACUACUGCUGGCUGUCUCUUGAGGGUGGGCUUCUUUACUCGUUUGUUGGCCCUGCAGCUGCUGUCGUUUUGGUGAACAUGGUGAUUGGUAUUCUGGUCUUUAAUAAGCUUGUGUCAAAGGACGGGAUCACAGAUGUGAAGCUGAAGGAGAGAGCAGGAGCAUCCCUCUGGAGUUCUUGCGUGGUUCUUCCGCUGUUGGCUCUGACCUGGAUGUCAGCAGUGUUGGCCAUCACAGACCGGCGCUCGGCUCUCUUUCAGAUCCUUUUUGCCGUCUUCGACUCGUUAGAAGGCUUCAUUAUUGUCAUGGUGCACUGCAUCCUCCGAAGAGAGGUCCAAGAGGCUGUGAAAUGUCGUGUAGUCGAUCGUAAGGAUGAUGGGAACGGUGACUCUGGGAGCUCACUGCAGAACGGCCACACGCAGCGCUUGGGUGACUUUGAAAAGGAUGGUGACUCGAACAGACCAGUUGGCAUGAAGAGCUCUUCAGAGGAGAAGAUGCCUCUCCCCCAGUUGCCUCUUCCAAUGGGUCCCAACUUCCACACCCUCCCCUCAAAGCCCAGUGCCAAGACCCAUUUGCCUCCCAUGCCUGACUACUCGAGCCACACUCUGACCCUGCGCCGCGACAAGACACGCGGUGAGCCUCCCUGCUCCAAGCCUAUCUACGUGUGCGACAGCGACAUCUUCACGCAAAUGGACGCCGAGCUGGUGCGCGUGCCGACAGAAGGAGGCACUCCUGACACGAGCGGCUACAUGCUGAUGCCCAACACCACUUCCACGCUGCGUUCCAAGCCCAAGGACGACAUCGCUUCCGCCAAAUACAACAUCAGCGUCGAGCAGCUGCCUCAGGCACGCAUCAUGCAUCUGGGCAGCGGAUAUGCUGAGCCACAGGCUGCAUACGCCACCAAGCCUGUGCCUGCUGACCGCGCCAGCGUCUCGUACUCGGAGCGCGACUCCCCCCUGCAGAAUGUGCACAACAUUUCCAGUGAGAGCCACGUCACCAGUUUGCUGGGAGACACUUUCGACUCUAUGAACUCCAUGAUGUCGAAGAGUGAGACCAUCUCCACACUGUCCAUGAGCUCGCUGGAGGUCAGCGAGGGGAGGCAGAAAUCUCGUUAUGCUGAGCUUGACUUUGAGAAGAUCAUGCAUACGCGAAAGCGCCAUCAGAACAUGUUCCAGGACCUCAAUAGGAAAUUGCAUCAUGCUGAGAAGGACAGGGAAUCACCUGCUUCUGACAGCAAGUCUGUGAGAUGGAGCGUGUCUUCUGCAGGAAGUGACAAGACAAGCCACAGCGAUAAACAGCAAGCACUGGGUGAGCGUUCAUGGGAGACCAUGCCCCGAUCUCAGGCGUCACCGCCAUCUUGGGUGCGAAAAGAUCUCGAGCCUUUGGCUGCAUCGCCUUUGGAGAUGCCCUCUGUGGAGUGGGAGAAGCCUGGCACUGCUAUCCCACUGGUAGGCCAGGACAUCAUUGAUCUGCAGACGGAAGUGUGAGGCUCUUACCGAAAAAAAAAAGAUAAAAAAUCCUGUGUACCCUGGCUCCUAUUAGUUUGGGAAAGAAGAGGGAGAAGGCGGAUUCAGAAGAGAAAAUUGGGCGGUACAGAAAGAAAUAUAUAGUGUGUAUGGGUGGAAAGAGAGAACCAAAAACCAUGUCCUGAUAUCCAAAGUAUUAAAGAAGAGGAAUGAAGUGCUAGCCUCAAAUAAUAAGUAUGUGUAGCCUCAAAUAAUGGUAAUUAACCUUAAUGAGGAGGGGGGGGAAGGGGUUCUUGUGGAUUGAUAAAUGGAUCUGAUGGGUUGGCUUUGGUUCUUCUCUGGGUACAGUAAGGUUCUCGUUUUUUUCCGCCAAGAGCUUCUCCCGUAACUCUUCCGUCUGGUCCAGGAGAGGUGUGGUCUUUAUGCCUGUGCCUUUUGUUCAGUUUUCGUUCGACUUCAGUAUGGAAAGGGUGACCAGUUGCUCGGCUCCUUGAGCAUGACCUCUUCCAGUGUCUCUGCUCUCAGUCUGAGAGAAGGACUGGCACCGAGUGACUUCCCAGCAGCCUUUUGGGCUGUUUUUCACCCUGAGGUGAACGGACGCAUGUUGCCAACUGUCUGCGCUGUGGUUAUUGCUCUUUCUCAUCACUUUUCUCGUAGCGCUGCUUCUCCAGAGCUUAUUACAGACUCUUCCACUGAACUCUAUUUAGAGUCGAAUAUCAUAACUUUCCUGGACUCAAGACUAGGACUAUCAGAGCUGUUGUUUAUUUUUAUUGUUCUUAAUUUCCAUUGUUACAUUUGUUAAAAUUGUAUUACAAAGCUAUGAGUUAUAUUUAUAAGUUUUAUUUUCCUGUUAUGUUGGAACUUGCUUUCUGCUUGUAUUUGUCUUCAAAUAUACAAUUUCAUUUUUAAGUACAAUCAAAAACAUCCCAAAACCUACACGAGGAACAUAAUGAGUGUACAAGUGGAUGCCCGAGUCAAUGUGUCUACUUUCUGAGACACCACUGCUACACCUGGAGCAAGCCCAGUGCACAAAGGGUACCAAAGGCCGGGUGUAAGUGGCAUGUGGACACAUUGAGGAUUAAAAAGCACCAUCUUUUUUGCUCGGCCGAAUUCCCAGUUGGAUCAUCUUACUUUUUGUGUUUCCUCCGGUUCCUUUACCAGCUCUUUCUACAGCCUUGUGAUCUUGACAAAAAGGAAAAAUACUUAGCAUCUCAAAGACCCUGGCGCUGGGCCUUGAGGCACCUCGGCAUGUUGGCCGAGGCUGCUCUCGCCCUCCGCUGACCUCCGGCAGAACUUCCGCAGUGCCAGCUGUACAGGCAAACAGACUCUCAUAUUGUGUGAGAAAGUAAAAUAAUAAAAGUGCAAUAUGAUGAUGGACACUUGACACUCAAGUGAGGGUGAUGUCAGACCCAUGGCAGAUUUUUAUUAUUUUUGGAUUUUUGUACCAUGUUUAUAGAGCAUAUAGAGACAUUUAUGAUAAUACUGUCUAAGGACUGUAUUAGCAACUAUCAAAGAUUCUUUCUCCAUUAAUUUCAUUUAAUGGAUGAAAGCACAUGACUUUGAGUCUUGUGAUUAUUAUUUGGAAGGUAAAAAAAAAAAACAGAAAUUCUAUAUGAAAAAUAAUAGAUUAUAGAGUAUGUUGCAGGCACAUACCCCUGGUUUUCUACUUAAGUCCCCAUAUUGUUGAAUAACUGAACACUGGUCCUCUGUAUUGUCCUGUGUUUUAAAGCACUGUAACCUUUUGUGCCAAUGACCUUCCCUCCUGUUGCAGUCUUAGACGGUAUGGGUUAUCAAAGUCGUUUGUGUCUGACAUUUCUAUGUCCUUAUUUUUCCAUUGUUUUCACUUGUACAGUUUUCACAGCACAGAAUAUGUCUGAUUUCUAAUAAAAAAAAAAAUCUAUAUUA